AUGAUGCACAAACUGGGAGUUAUGCUGUUGUAUAUGUUCCCUUCGUCGACGUCUGGUUAUGAUCUCAAUAAGCUGCAAACCUCCUUCAUCACUCUUGUAAACGAAGACUGUUCCAUUCUCAUCGGUGAGCUACACAUCGACCGUCAGACUGGUGUCGUGAGCGUCAAGCAAACCGCUGAAGCAAGACAGAAAGGAGCUCACGGUAUCCGCUUUGAGACGAAUCUCAGCAGCUCAUUGACGACAGAAGAAGCGAUUAAGACGCUUUCGUGGGAGUUAAUGCCGACUCCAAGAGCUUCGACGGGUCUUAUCUGUAUUAAAGGAACGCUCUUGUCAGAUGGAGGGCUCGUUAUUGGAUUGGAUACCAGCCUCACACUACUCGACGGAGAGGGAACCUUCACCUUCAUGAAGGCGUGGGGUCAGCAUUACAGUGAUGUACCGAAACAGGAGCGUUUAGUGAGCAAUUACGAUCGCAUUUUACUUAAAGGAACGGGUGAGCCAUCGAAAUUGGCUCAUCCAGAGUUCCAAGUCCAUCGCUUCCAUUUUACUCCGUGUAUGAUGCAGAGGUUCAAACCACUAUUGACGCCAUCACGGGGCUAUUUACGGCUCUAA